UCGAUACUACACAGAAUGAGAACGAUUAGACUUUUCGAUACUGCACAGAAAGAGAAAGAUAUAAUAGACUUCAAAUUAGUAUCGUCUUCUUCACAACACAAAAACACAAACACAAACAAAAACAAAAACACCAAACACCAUUUUCAACCAUCUCUCGUCCUAAUCCUAAGCUCUCUCACAAUCCCAAAAACUCUCUCAUCUCAUCUCCAAUUCUCCAACCUCUUCUUCUUCAUGGGUUUGUAAAUAACCAUGACCAAAUCAAGCAACAGCUUCUUUCAACUCCUCCUCAAACCUUUCAAAUCCAAGAAAGAAGGAAACUCUGGAGAAGAUUUGGAGAAGAUCGCGGCACAAGAGCAGAAGCAAUUCUCACUCGAAACCCUAGUUUCUGCUACCAAAGAUUUCCACCCCAAUCACAAGCUCGGCCAAGGUGGAUUUGGCCCUGUUUACAAGGGGAGGUUGAGUGAUGGGAGAGAAAUUGCGGUGAAGAAGCUGUCGCAGAGCUCGAAUCAGGGGAAGAAAGAGUUCACCAAUGAGGCCAAGCUGUUGGCCCGCGUGCAGCACCGCAAUGUUGUCAAUUUGUUGGGGUAUUGUGCGCACGGUGCGGAGAAGCUGCUUGUGUAUGAGUAUGUAGCUAAUGAGAGCUUGGACAAGCUUCUCUUCAAGUCUGGUAGACACGAUGCACUUGAUUGGAAGCGGAGGUAUGACAUAAUUGCUGGCAUUGCCCGGGGCUUGCUUUACCUUCAUGAAGACUCGCAUAGUGUAAUCAUCCACCGUGACAUCAAGGCCAGCAAUAUCCUAUUGGAUGAUAAAUGGGUCCCAAAAAUUGCUGAUUUUGGCAUGGCCCGCCUCUUCCCUGAAGAUCAAACGCAUGUGAAUACCCGUGUAGCUGGUACAAAUGGGUAUAUGGCUCCUGAGUACGUCAUGAAUGGACAUCUAUCUGUGAAGGCAGAUGUAUUUAGCUUUGGGGUUGUGAUUUUGGAGCUGAUAAGCGGUCAAAAGAACUCAACUUUCAAUCGAAGUUUGGAUGAUCAAAAUUUACUGGAAUGGGCAUACAAGCUGUUUAAGAAGGGUAAGAGCUGGGAGGUUCUGGACCCGAGAUUGGUGUCAUCGGCUGUCCCUGAUCAGGUAGCAAUGUGUGUACAGAUUGGGUUGUUGUGCACCCAAUCUGAUCCACAGCUUCGUCCCACAAUGCGUCGUGUGGUGGUAAUGUUAUCAAAGAAGCCUGGAGCUUUGGAAGAACCGACACGACCUGGAUAUUCCAGUUCCCGGAAUAGAAGAACUCGAAGGCCCACUGCCGGAACUUCCAGUGAGUCAAAUUCCCACACAUUUGGUUCCAUCACCAGUACCAACACUGCCACUGUCACUGCCAGUGCCAGUGCCAGUGCAAGUGCAAGUGCAGGUGCAGGUGCAAGUGCAUCAUACCGUACAAGCCCCCGGCCAGACCCUCAUGGAAAACGUCCCAUGCGAGUAAAUUUUUACUGUAAACUGAUUGAAGAUUUGAAAAAUGGUUCCAGCUUUUAUGUUGUUAUGCGAGUAGAUCCAACAUUACUGAUGAUGAAAUUGAUUUACUUCCCAUGUUUUGUCGCCAUGAAGAAAGGACUUUUGUUGUCUUUUGGAUAGGUGAAUAGAAUUACUCAUGUAGGUCAAAGAUUUGUUGGAGGUGCAAAGGAUUUUCGGACUGCAUUAUGUAAAUAUACCAUUGAGACAGAAUUUGAGUUUGUGUGUGAAAAGAAUAACAAGUGUCGAGUCACUACUGUGUGUUCAAUAAAAGACAUUUUUACUA